UUGAGACCCAAUAUCAAAAACUCUUAUUUUUUUUAAAAAAAUAAUAAAUAAAUAACUAAAAAACUGAUCGGUGCACCUCAGCGAAGGGAUAAAUAAGAGAGAGUAUUCGCCUGCCACCGUGUGAUCAGUUUGUGCUUUGUCGUUAAAGGCCAUCAAAAACAAAAGGAAGAAGAAAAAGUCAUUUGUGUUUUCGAUCAAAUCAUGGCAAAGAAGGCGGUGCUGAUAGGAUGCAACUACCCAGGAACGAAGGCGGAGCUCAAGGGUUGCAUUAACGAUGUCAAGAAGGCUUACCAGUGCCUCGUAGACCGUUACGGAUUCUCCGAAGACGACAUCACGGUGCUGAUCGACACCGAUGAUUCUUACACCCAGCCCACGGGCAAGAACAUCCGCAGGGCUCUUGUGGAUCUGCUGCGAUCCGCUGAGCCGGGGGACUUUCUCUUUGUGCACUACAGCGGCCACGGCACUCGUCUCCCCGCCGAGACCGGUGAAGAUGAUGACACUGGAUAUGAUGAGUGCAUUGUUCCCGCUGAUAUGAAUCUCAUCACUGAUGAUGAUUUCAGGGAGUUUGUCGACCGUGUCCCAGAAGGUUGCCGGAUCACCAUUGUAUCCGAUUCGUGUCACAGCGGCGGCCUCAUUGAUGAGAGCAAGGAGCAGAUUGGGGAGAGUACAAAGCGUGAAGAAGACAGCUCAGGCUCCUCCGGCUUUGGAUUUAAAAGCUUUUUGAAACAGACGGUGGGAGAUGCUUUGGAGUCUCGUGGAAUUCAAAUCCCACAUCACCGUCGUCACCGGGGAGAAGAUGAUGAGGAUGCUAACAGAGAUGUUGAAAUUGCAUAUGGCGAGCGAGGGUAUGUUAAGAGCAGGUCCUUGCCUCUCUCGACCCUCAUCGAAAUACUCAAGCAGAAAACCGGCAAGGACGAUAUUGAUGUCGGGAAGCUGAGGCCGACGCUUUUCGACGUCUUUGGGGAAGAUGCGAGCCCCAAGGUGAAGAAGUUCAUGAAGGUUGUGUUCAACAAGCUUCAACAUGGGGAAGGUGAAGGUGAAGGAGGAGGCAGUGGGUUGUUGGGGAUGGUUGGAAAUCUGGCUCAAGAGUUUCUCAAACAUAAGCUGGAGGAGAAUGAUGAGGGGUAUGCAAAACCAGCCAUGGAUACACAAGUAGGGAGCAAGGAAGAGGUCUACGCAGGAUCAGCCAAGCGUGCCCUUCCUGACAGUGGAAUCCUCAUCAGUGGCUGCCAGACCGACCAAACGUCGGCUGAUGCGAGUCCUCCGGGUGGCGGUUCUCAUGAAGCUUAUGGAGCUCUCAGCAAUGCAAUUCAGACCAUCAUCGCCGAGACAGAUGGUCAAAUAACUAAUCAGGAGCUUGUUUUGAAGGCCAGAGAGUUGCUGAAGAGCCAGGGUUUUACUCAGCGACCUGGCCUCUAUUGCAGUGACCAUCAUGUUGAUGCUCCUUUUGUGUGCUGAUCUACAAGCCCUUUGAUACAAAUAUUUAUCUAUUAUAAUGGGAAUAAAUAACUGUGUGGGAUUUUUGAUGA